AUGAGUCUAAAGGCACUCUCAAUGGCUAUUCUCGCGAUGGUUUACUACACGACUCAAUCCAAUGCCACCGAAGAACUAGUGAUGGCUUCCGUCACUCAAUCCAUAACCGGUCGGCCGAUCGCACGACAAGUGAUGUGUUCUCAAGAUUAUAACGAAGACAGAGUUCGGUUCCCCUCUUGUGCUCCUCAAAGAUGCGGACGUCUUGUGUCCGAUUCGGUGAUCACUGAAUCGGAAGCCAAACACUUAUUGUCAGUGGCGAAGAGAGGCCUAUCAUUGGGCGGCUCUUCCGGCUGCGGCUCUAUCCUCAGCCUCCAUACGGGCGUCCUAUCGAUGGCCACGAAUUUCGUGAAUAUCUAUAAACUCGUUGAACGUCAACAACAAAAGGAAGAGCUGUUCACCGAAAAAGACUUUAAAGUCUACAGAACUGUGACGAACAGAAUCCGCAAAACAAUUGCAAACCAUUUUGGCGUCCCUUCGGCUCAGCUGUACUUAACUGAUCCGACGUUCUUCUGGAGACAGACCCCAAAGAGGGCCCAAACCCAAUACGACAGGUAUUACGUCCGACACGUCGAUAAACAGCAGUCUAAGUGCUAUUCCUUCACUUCAUUGCUGUAUUUGUCGACAUAUGGUCAGGACUUCUCGGGCGGACGCGUUAUAUUCACGGACCAGAUGUCGAACCAAACACUUGAGCCGAAGUUGGGAAGAGUGGCGGCGUUUACGUCCGGCUCAGAGAACAAGCACUUCGUCGAAAGGGUCACCUCUGGGACCCGGUAUUCAGCGGUCAUGGGCUUCACGUGUGACCGGGAGUGCGCCGUCAAAGACCCAGAGAGUGUCAGACCGCAGACAUGCGCUCAACCAUUAUGUUGGUUGUAUAAAGUAGGCUGUCCACACUUGUAUUUACUUACUCCCCAACAAAUAUUACCGAAUUAUGACUAA